AUGCAUGUUAUCAUUGAUGUGCACUCGUUACCGGGUGGUCUGAACGGAUUGACGAUUGGGGAGGCAACGGGGCAUUGGGGGUGGCUUUUCAAUGAGACGGCGUGGGGGCACUCGAUGGAGGUGGUUGAUGAGGUGCUGGAGUUUAUCCGCGGGUCGUCGAGUCCCCGGUCGUUUACGCUCGAACCUAUGAAUGAGCCUGCGGACCGCAAUGGCGACGAUGAUCUGGGCAUGGCGGUCUUCGGGACGCCAGAGGCGCUGUCUGAGGAUGCGGCGAGCUAUGUUCUGGGUUUUUGCUUCAAGCUGCCUGAUUAUUGGACCGGGGGGUUCUCGCGCGGGGAUAAUGUGGUCUUCGACAUGCAUAAUUAUUACUUCGGGGGGCGGGAGACGAGCUCGGAGAAUCUGCCAGAGUUUAUUCGCUCUGAUGCGCAGAACAAGUCUGGCGAUGGGACUUUCCCUGUCUUUGUGGGCGAGUGGUCAAUUCAGGCGGCGCAUAAUAAUAGUUUUGCGCUGAGGGAGCGGAACCUAAAGGUUGGGUUAGAGGCUUGGGAGGAGUAUACGCAGGGGAGCUGUUACUGGACGGCCAAAUUCGAGGGCAAAGGCACGAUUGAUGGGGAAGGGAGGCAGCGGGAUUAUUGGAGUUUUGAACGGUUUAUUGAGGAGGGGUUCUUCUCUGAAAUUGAUUGA